AUGGACUGGGAAUAUGCAGAAAGCGUGGCGGGACUAGCCAACGAUAUCUAUGAUCAUCACGAAUACCUGUUCGAAGAGAAUUCUCCAAGAGACGGACAAUUUCAGCUCCUGGUCGUGAACGCAGCUGCAGAUGACGACGAAGAAGUCUUCGUCUACGUAUGCCGCUUAUAUUCUUCAAUGGUAGAGGUUCUUUCGCAAGUUUGUGAUAUGCUGAAUGAAUUUGAGAACAAGAAUCCGGGUCCAUACUAUCCUGCCUUGUACGUUGACUGCAUCGCGACAACGCCGAAUGUUGUUCAGGUCGUCCUUGGCAUGUCGCUUGAUUUCAAUGCCGUGGGAGUUUUGGACCGUCUUGUGGUGUUCUUCGAUGAGGAGUUGGCGCGUCGUCAAAUGAUUUUGUGCGAUUCUGAUACCGGGACGGAUUCGGGGGGCUCUGACGACGUCGAUGAUGAUGAGGAAAUUGAUUUGUGA